AUGGCAACUGCAACGAUAAAUUUCCGCCACCAAGACUACACGGUCGCAUGGAUCUGUGCCCUCCCUUUGGAGAUGGCUGCGGCUGAAGCGAUGCUGGAUGAGAAACACUCCAACUUGCCAACGAAACCAACAGACGAUAACACGUACAUCCUGGGUAGGAUGUAUGACCAUAAUAUUGUCAUUGCAUGCCUUCGAUCGGGCGUUUAUGGUACGACGUCAGCUGCAACAUUGGCUACACAAAUGCAAUCCACUUUUCAGUCAAUACGGAUCUUUUUAAUGGCGGGCAUCGGAGGGGGAGUCCCAAGCGAAAAGGCUGACAUCAGACUGGGUGAUAUAGUGGUAAGCAACCCAACAAGGGACUUCGGAGGAGUCAUACAAUAUGAUUAUGGAAAAACAGUGAGUGGUGGCCGCUUUGAACGCACUGGGGUAUUGAACAAGCCGCAACCGGUGCUCCUGACAGCGGUCGCCAGGUUGCAGGCAGCGCAUAUGUUGACGCCAAGCAAAAUUCCCGCUCUCCUUUCUGAGAUGGUAGCUAGACAGCCCACUAUGCGGAAGAGAUUCACAUAUCGUGGUGAAGACCAGGAUCUAUUGUUUGAUUCGGAAUAUGACCACUGUGCCUCUGAAAAUACUUGCAACAACUGCGAUACUAGGAGACUGGUAAUGCGGCCUACUCGAGCUGGAUAUGAUCCUGUCAUCCAUUAUGGUCUCAUUGCAUCCGGCAACCAAGUGGUAAAGCAUGGUCGCACUAGAGAUAAGCUAGCCCGGGAGCUUGGUAUCCUCUGCUUUGAAAUGGAGGCGGCUGGCUUGAUGGACGAUUUUCAGUGCCUAGUGAUUAGAGGGAUCUGUGACUAUUCAGACUCACAUAAAAACAAACAGUGGCAAGAAUACGCAGCAGCAUCGGCAGCUGCCUAUGCCAAAGAGCUGCUCUCUGUAGUCCACGCAAACCAGGUUGCGGACACACCACUGGCACACUCAGACAUAUCUUAUUGCAACGGAAAUCUCCUUUGUCGAGAGAAGUAUGCUGCAAGUGUGGCAGUGCAUCGAAACCAUGCUCAAGAUUAUGAGUUGCUAUUCGAGCAUAUUUCAAGUUAUGAUCACGAGAGAGUUCAUCGAAGACUGUCUCAGAAACGACUCGUUGGCACCACGCAGUGGUUUCUUGAUCACCCGGAUUUCAACGCCUGGUUCACUGAGAAGAGUAUUUCAAGUUUGUGGUGCUCAGGAAAGAUUGGCUCAGGCAAAACAAUGAUAGCAACUGCAGUGGUAGAGGCUGCAUUGUAUCGCUAUUUGGACAAACGGUCUCCCACUGUCUUCUUCUACUGUGAGAAUGAGUGUAGUAGAUCCCUGGACGGCUCAUAUAUUCUCUCCAGUUUUAUCAGACAACUUUGCGAAUUUUUGCACAUAACGUCCAGGCCUUAUCCGGAAGAUAUUAUAAUUGAAAUUAGAAAGUUCUUUGGGCCUAAACCGACCCAGCCAGACUUUGAAGACCUGAAAUAUAUCUUUAAUCGACUUUUUCUUUAUGUGCCGGACACAAUUUAUAUCAUUGAUGGACUUGACGCUUUGAACCAGAAACAUGGAAAAUCCCUUUUGGGGUUUAUCCAGUCGCUAUUCUGUUUCUCCAAGCUCCCACAAGGAUCGCGGAUCUUGUUGCUUAGCAGGGACCAAGUUCCAGGUUAUAUAAAUAUCGCCACUUUUAUGCAUGAAAUUCGUCAGAUCUCGACAACUGCCAAUGUUAUGCGAGACAUCGAGGCUUAUAUCGAAACAAGCAUCAUUGAUAAGACCAUGUGCAGAAAACUUACCGAUGAUACUGUAUUGGUAGAAGAGAUUAAGCGGAGGCUUUUAACGGAGUCAUCGGGGAUGUUUCUAUGGGUGCAUCUCCAGCUGGAGAUUCUCUGGGAUACUUGCCGCACGGAUGCAGAAAUUCGAUCAGCCUUAGCUACACUGCCUAAAGGCCUGGAAGAAACAUAUGGCCGUUGCAUUGACAGAAUAAACCUCCAGGAUAGCUAUGCCCUAAAGGUUCUCAAGUGGGUUAGCUUUGCAACUAGAUCGCUUCAUAUUGAGGAACUGAGAGAAGCUGUCGCCUUUGAUUUGGGAGAUACGGAGUGGAUCGCUGAGAAAAUGCCGCAGAAAAAUAUUGUGAUUGGCUGCUGUGCGAAUCUUGUUGUCAUAGAUCCUACCGACCAUUGUGUGCGCUUCGCACAUUCUUCAGUGAAGCAAUAUCUCGACACAUAUCAAGGAAGGAAAGUUCAAGCAAAACGAAUCCCAGAGUACCCAAACACAGAGCAGGGCGAUCUAGAGUGUGGAGAAUUCUGUGUUACCUAUCUUUCCUUCUCAGACUUCAGCCUUCAACUAAGCAAGCAAUCAGCAGAAAGAGCGGCAAUCGCAAUUCCACAGCCAGCUUUACUUGCACGUCCAGCCCUCAGCCCCAGACUCGCCGAACGCUUCCUUCCACUGUUUCGGAAGCAGAACCGGUGUAUUUCAGUACCAUUUCGUACGAUACGCACAGUCUCAACUCCAGAUCGGACACGGUAUAAAUUUCUUGAUUAUGCCGUCACAAACUGGGCUUUGCAUACAAAACAGUUGCCCCAUACAUCAUUAGUCUGGGACAAGUUCGAGGGGCUUGCCACGUGUUUCAAUGAAACUUGGAAUUUCCACCCCUGGGUUCCUGGUGGUCGUUCAAAAGACUCCCAUCUACACGGUCUCUUUGGAUGGGCAGUAAAGGAGCAGCAUGAGCGUCUUCUGUCAAUUGCACUGGCAGCGGGACCCGCUUUACAACGUGUCUGUGACCUUCCGCUGAUUGGGGAAAGUCUUCCCGCGCUUCAUGUUGCAUCAAAACUUGGAUAUAGAAGCAUUACUAAGAUUCUCCUGGAUUUCUGCAACGUUAAUGUGCCAGAUGGAGAGGGGUAUACUGCUUUACAUCAUGCAGCUAAUAGGGGACACACUGAAAUCUGUCAACUGCUUUUAAGCGCAAAGAGCGUGAAAGUGGAUGCCACAUCAAAGUCUCUAUGCACACCACUCUGGUUGGCUGCUAGCAAUGGAUAUCGGGAGGUUGUAUCACUCCUUGUGGAGAAGCAAUCGAAUAUUGAAGCAAAGAACGCUUCUCUUCGCCAGACAGUUCUUUCACAAGCCGCACGAAACGGGCACUAUGCAGUAGUGGAGCUUCUGCUCGAGAAAGGGGCAGACCUAGAGACCCAAGAUGCAGAUGGUCGAACACCUCUAUCAUGGGCAGUAAAAUGCCAACAUGAAGCGAUAAUGAAGCUGUUACUCGAAAAAGGAGCUAAUCCAGAAUGCAAAGACACUGAUGGUCCAUCAUUGUUACUCUGGGCGUCCAAACAUGGGCAUGAGCUGAUAGUAAGCAUACUUUCCUUGAAUAUUAAAGAGAUCAACUUCAAGGAUGAGUACAACCGGACACCGCUAUCAAAAGCUGCACUGAAAGGACAUGAAGCAGUCGUGAAGCUGUUAGUUGAGAAGGGGGCUAGCCUGGAGUCUAAAGAUGAUUCUGGAUGGACACCGCUAUCAAGAGCUGCAGUGAAAGGACAUGAAGCAGUGGUGAAGCUGUUGGUUGAGAAGGGUGCUGACCUAGAGUCUAAGGACAUCAUUGGACGGACAUCGCUAUCAUGGGCCGCAGGGAAUGGACAUGAAGCAGUGGUGAAGCUGUUGACUGAGAUGGGUGCUGAUCUAGAGUCUAAGGAUAAUAACCAUGGACGGACGCCUCUAUCAUGGGCUGCAGCGAAUGGACAUGAAGCAGCGGUGAAACUGUUGGUUGAGAAAGGUUCUGAUCUGGAGUCUAGGGACAAUCUUGGACGGACGCCGUUAUUCUGGGCUGCAGUGAAAGGACACAAGACAGUGGUGAAGCUGUUAGUUGAGAAGGGGGCUAGUCUGGAGUCUAAAGAUGAUUCUGGAUGGACACCGCUAUCAAGAGCUGCAGUGACAGGACAUGAAGCAGUGGUGAAGCUGUUGGUUGAGAAAGGCGCUGAUCUGGAGUCUAAGGAUUGUUCUAGACGGACACCGCUAUCAUGGGCUGCAGGGAAUGGUUAUGAGGCAGUGGUGAAGCUGUUGGGUGAGAAGGGGGCUGAUCUAGAGUCUAAGGACAAUAACCAUGGACGGACGCCUCUAUCAUGGGCUGCAGCGAAUGGACAUGAAGCAGCGGUGAAACUGUUGGUUGAGAAAGGUGCUGAUCUGGACUCUAAGGAUAAUUUUGGACGGACGCCGUUAUUCUGGGCUGCAGUGAAAGGACAUGAAGCAGUGGUAAAGCUGUUGGUUGAGAAGGGUGCUAAUCUGGAGUCUAAGGAUAACAACUAUAGACGGACACCUCUAUUACGGGCUGCAGCGAAUGGACAUGAAGCAGUGGUGAAGCUGUUGGUUGAGAAGGGCUCUAAUCUGGACUCUAAGCAGUAUUCUGGGCAGACACCACUAUUAUGGGCCGCAGCGAACAAUCAUGAGGCAGUGGUGAAACUGUUGGUUGAGAAGGGUGCUAAUCUGGAGUAUAAGGACAUGCUUGGACGGACACCGCUAUUACAGGCCGUGGUGAACAGACAUGAAGCAGUGGUGAAGCUGUUAGUUAAGAAGGGUGCUAAUUUAGAGUCUAAGGACGUUAACCAUGGAUGGACAUCGCUAUCAUGGACUGCAGGGAAUGGUCAUGAGGCAGUGGUGAAGCUGUUGGUUGAGAACGGCGCUAGUCUGGAGACUAAGGAUAAUUCUGGAAGAACACCGCUAUCAAGAGCUGCAGGGAAAGGACAUGAAGCAGUGGUGAAGCUAUUGGUUGAGAAGGGUGCUGACCUAGAGUCUAAGGACAAUUCUGGACAGACAUCGCUAUCAUGGGCCGCAGCGGUCGGACAGGAGCCAGUGGUGAAGCUGUUGGUUGAGAAUGGUGCUGAUCUGGAGUCUAAGGACAAUUUUGGAUGGACGCCGCUAUCAAGAGCUGCAGUGAAUGGUCAUGAGGCAGUGGUAAAAUUGCUCUAUAAUUUCCUUAUUAGCGAACUUCACAAGAGAAAUGUCAAAUCCGACGGUGGAUCUGCUCUUGUGUGGUACGCAAUUCAUGGCGACGAACUUGGAGUUAGACGUAUGCUAACCGCCGGCGCUGAUGUUAACCUUCGAUUACCAAAUAAACUACAAUCAACCACUCUUCUGGAAGCUGUAAUUCAUAAACAUACCCGUGUUAUACAACUUCUUCUGGAAAAUGGAGCUUUGCCAGAUGCGGUUGACCUUCGCGCCAGACGGCCCUUGGUUUUGGCAACAAGUGAACGUAGCGACGUGACCAUCACUGAGCUGCUCCUAGAUUAUGGUGCUAGGACCAAUGCCGUUGCAUUUGACAAACGUGCCCCGCUCAUGGAGGCUAUCCGGUCAAAUCAGGAAUCUAAGGUAUUGUUGCUUUUGAAGCAUGGCGCUGACACACAUAUCUUGGGAAGCCGAAAUACACUUCUACACGUUGCGGCUGCGAAGAAUGCUGCUCCCGCAAUUAUAAAGAUGCUCAUAGAUUCUGGUAUCCAGGUGGAUUCUCAGGACCGUUGGGGGAGGACACUACUACAAGUUGCAGCUUAUUAUUCCUGCACACGUGCUGUACGCCUACUACUACAUUAUGGCGCCGAUCCAAACUUCAAAAACACCAGCCUAUAUGGGAAAGGACAGUCUGCCCUUUUCUAUGCUACUGAGAAGCCCAGGAAUUCCAGGAAAGGCAACAAAACCAUUAUCCGAACACUCGUAGGGGCCCAGGUAGACGCUACAGACUCUGUGCAAGAGACACCUCUACCCUAUGCGGUCUCUCAGGGCGCCAUCAAACAAGCGCAGGCACUCCUCGAAAAUGGUUCCAGUAUUAUGGCAAGAGAUGCCGAGGGAAGGGCUGUGCUUUAUUUAGCUACUUGGCCAUAUAUCGGGAGUCCCGAUAUGAUAAACUGGCUUGUUAAAAGUGGAGCUGAUGUGAACUAG